UCGUUGCUCACCUUAAAUUAUUGUCUCUGGCCAUAUGAAAUUACAGUGAAUUAGUACAAAUGAUCACAUGUGACUGGAAAAUGGGAAGUAACAGAAAAAAAUAAUGAUAAUGUAAUGAUGAUGAUGAAAUGUCCACAAUUAUCACACAUCACCAAAACCAGGCUGGCUUUCUACUGCACAGAACCUGAAUAGGGGCGAUCUCACACCAAAAAUACACCGCGUUCCAAUCAAAGGGGGGUGUUAUUGUCCACAUGCAUGGACGAAGGUCUCCUGCGGACGGUCCACGCGAGCAGAAGCCCGGAGCAUCAGGGAACACUCGUGUGAUCCUCACCAUGUGGCGGCUGUGCUCCCUCCAAGCAACCCCCAGGAACCCCCAGGGAUCCCACUGGAACCCACAGCGACUGUCUGUCCAGUGGCAGCUCCAGCUAAAGACGACACCCCUGCUGUCCCAUCACCGCACUACAUGCACUUGGGCUUGAGGGCAGGGCUAAGCCCCUACGUGGAGAACCUUCCGGAACAUGGAGGUCAGGGUACCAGGGCCUUGGGUACCAGACGACAGAGUUUCAUCACAGCCAGUUUGGCCGAGGAGGAGAUAAAAACGGAGUCGGAUGUCGUAGAGGGGAUGGACAUCUCCACACGGUCCAAAGCAGGUCCGGAGUCCGGCUCAGCAGAGCGGGGCGCCCAGAAGCGCAAGAUGCCCAGCCCCCCGCACUCCUCCAACGGCCACUCCCCCUCGGAGGCAUCGCCCAGCCCUUCAAAGAAGAAGAAGAAACCGGGAAUGGUGAGCAGCAGCAAAGAGCAGUCCGAGCUCAGGCACGGUCCCUUUUACUAUGUGAAGCAGCCACUCACCACAGACCCUGUUGAUGUUGUACCGCAGGACGGCCGCAACGACUUCUACUGCUGGGUGUGCCACCGGGAGGGCCAGGUGCUCUGCUGCGAGCUCUGCCCCCGCGUUUACCACGCCAGGUGUCUGCGGCUGGCCGCCGAGCCCGAGGGCGACUGGUUCUGCCCCGAGUGCGAGAAAAUCACCGUGGCCGAGUGCAUCGAGACCCAGAGCAAGGCCAUGACGAUGCUCAACAUCGAGCAGCUCUCCUACCUGCUCAAGUUCGCGCUCCAGAAGAUGAAGCAGCCAGGGACCGAGCCGUUCCAGAAGCCCGUUUCCCUGGAGCAGCACCCAGACUACGCGGAGUACAUCUUCCACCCGAUGGACCUGUGCACGCUGGAGAAGAACGUGAAGAAGAAGAUGUACGGUUGCACCGAAGCCUUCCUGGCCGACGUUAAGUGGAUCCUCCACAACUGCAUCAUUUACAAUGGCGGGAAUCACAAGUUGACGGCCACAGCUAAGGUCAUAGUAAAAAUCUGUGAACAUGAGAUGAACGAGAUCGAGGUGUGUCCCGAGUGCUACCUGUCAGCGUGCCAGAAGAGGGACAACUGGUUUUGUGAACCAUGCAGUAACCCCCACCCUCUGGUCUGGGCGAAGCUCAAGGGCUUUCCCUUCUGGCCGGCCAAGGCGCUGCGUGAUAAAGACGGACAGGUGGACGCCCGAUUCUUCGGGCAACACGACAGGGCCUGGGUCCCUAUCAACAACUGCUACCUCAUGUCCAAAGAGAUCCCUUUUUCUGUGAAAAAGACUAAGAGCAUCUUCAACAGCGCCAUGCAAGAGAUGGAGAUCUACGUGGAGACGUUCCGCAAGAAGUUCGGUGUCUUCAACUACGCCCCCUUCAGGACGCCCUACACGCCCGACAACCAGUUCCAGAUGCUGCUGGACCCGUCGAACCCCAGCGCGGGCUCGGUACGGCCCGAGAGGCAGGAGAAGCUCAAGCUCAGUUUCGACAUGAGCGCGUCCCCCAAGGUGCUGCCGGGCCGGGCCGUGCCGGCAGGGCGUCGGGUCCUGCCCGCCGACGCACCGCGCUCCCCCGCCAGCACCAACUCCUCGGCCCACACAGGUUCCGACGGCGAGCAGGAGGCGUCAGAGAAGGGCGGCAGGGCCUCGUCUGGUAUUUACAGCACAGGCGAGGAGAGCAUGGACUGCACAGCCACAGUGUCCCCAGCAGCGACCAAGCCUUUCUCACCCCCCGCCCCCACACCCAUUGCCCCCAAGCAGGAGAGACCCUCCUCCACGGGCAGCAUCCUCAACCUCAACCUGGAUCGGAGUAAAGCGGAGAUGGACCUGAAAGAGCUCAGUGAGACGGUGCAGCAGCAGCACACGGCACCUGUGGUCCUCACCUCCCCGAAGAGGCAGAUCAGGAGCCACUUCCAGCUCAACCUGGACAAGACCAUUGAAAGCUGCAAGGCUCAGCUGGGAAUAGAUGAGAUCUCAGAAGACGUGUACAAGGGAGUGGAGCACAGCGACUCGGAGGACUCGGACAACUCCGACUCGAGCGACCCUGACUACGUGAGCGAUGAGGAGCAGAAGCCGAAAGGCAGGCAGAGUGAGGAGGUCGAUAAAGACGGGCCAGACAAGGACACAAAGAAGAAGGGCAGAGCGCCCCCAAAAGACGAGGACAGGGAAAGCGUCGCGGAGGCGAAGUCGGGUGCCGCGGCAAGCGAGAAGGUGACGUCCGUUGACGAGUCGCUGGGGAAAGAAUCCCUGGAUGCAGGGGCUGAAAAGGAGACCCUGGAGAAGGCAGGCACAGGCAUGGGCUCAUCCAUGCCCCCUGCGAAGGAGAAGCCCCGAACAAAGGAGGAGGGAAAGGUGCCGGCGCCGUCGGACCUGGACCAGGAUUCCGACUCAGAGAGGGAGCUCGUCAUUGACCUCGGGGACGACCAGACCAACCGGGAGCACAAGAAGACCAAGAAGGAGCCUUCAGCAACUGCCUCACCUGCGGAACCUUCCGGUCCCAAGCCUGAGCUGAAAUCGGCUGCAGCCUCCAGUGCAGCUGCACCCCCCACUAGCGACACCGCACCCUCGACCCCAAGCGUCAAAGACCCCGCCCAAUCCCCAGUGGCCAUCCCCCUCAGCAUGGUUUCCUUCACUGCCACCACCUCUGCACACCUGCCCCAGAGUGCCACUGCCAGCGCUGCCCCGAGCAGCACACCCAGCGGCAGCACCUCCUCGUCGCCGGCGACCGUGAAGAAACAACGCCCCCUGCUUCCGCGGGAGACUGGCCCGGUGGUGCAGCGCGCGGUGGUGUGGAACCCUGCCGGCAAGUUCCAGACGUCCUCGCAGAAGUGGCACAUGCAGAGGGUGCAGAGGCAGCAGCAGCAACAACAACAGCAGCAGCAGCAGCAGAGCCAACAGCAGCCGGCUGCGCAGGCGCACACACAGCCGGCUGCGCAGACACCGGCGCAGCAGCUCCCCUCGUCGCCCUCGCUGCAGCAGUCCUCUGCCAGCGUGCGGUACCAGACGCGACAGGCGGUAAAAGCCGUCCAACAGAAGGACGUUCCCCUGAGCGUGUCCAGCUCUCCCAUGACCCUGGUGACCUCUGCCUCGACUGUUUCUCUGACAGCCGGCUCCGGCAGCAGCCCAUCCUCCUUGUCGUCCUCGGCUACCGGGGACCUCCAGAUUGCCACGACCUCGGCGGACGUGGCUGCAGACAUUGCAAAGUACACUAACAAGAUUAUGGAUGCCAUUAAAGGGACAAUGACGGAGAUGUACAACGACCUUUCGAAGAGCACAUCGGGAAACACCAUAGCGGAGAUCCGUCGACUGAGGAUUGAAAUUGAGAAGUUGCAGUGGCUGCAUCAGCAGGAGCUCUCCGAAAUGAAGCACAACCUCGAGCUGACCAUGGCCGAGAUGCGGCAGAGCCUGGAGCAGGAGCGCGAGCGGAUGGUGGCCGAGGUGCGGAAGCAGAUGGAGCUGGAGCGCCAGCAGGCCGUGGACGAGACCAAGAAGAAGCAGUGGUGCGCCAGCUGCAAGAAGGAGGCCAUCUUCUACUGCUGUUGGAACACAAGCUACUGCGACUACCCCUGCCAGCAGGCGCACUGGCCGGAGCACAUGAAGUCCUGCACGCAGUCAGCAGCAGCAUCCCAGCAAGACCCCGAACCUGAGGCAGAGGCAGACCCUGGGACGAGAAGCACUGGUCAGCCGCCUAGCGGUCAGUUAUCCCCGAAGGAGGGGGCCGCAGCAGCCCCAGCGGACAAGGACUCCAGCAUGGAGAGGGGCAAAGACAGCACUCCUGUUACCGUGUGCUAACUGCUGCAGCAACUCGCCACAUGGCGCCUUGACACUGCCUCCUCCUGAAGACGGCUGUCUCCCGCAAGCAUGAUGGACACUUUGGACGCGUGGGGGGGUCCUCAUGGGAUUUUUAAAUGUAAAUGAACCACGGAACCCUACCCCCAGGCCUCCCCAGACACACGCAAAUGCGCCUUGGUCUUCUCACACAAGCAUGGCCUUGAGGACCCACAGGUGGACAGUAACCAGGACAACCGGUGGAAGAGGAGCGUGGACAGUACCAGAGUGUGAAUUCCGAGGGUGGGGGGAGAUCCACCUUCUUGGUCAGGCAGAGCAGCGGUUCUGCUCCUGUGGUUGUGGUCCCCGCUGUCCCAACAGCCUCAGCUGUAGGAGCCAAGGGUGGAGGAAGGGGGCGGCUUCUCCAGCUCCGUUUCACCACGGCUCCUAUAUCAACUGUGGCUAUUCUGACAACCCCCCCCCCCCCCCCCCAAGUCUGUCAUAUUUUCACGUCUCUAUGUGACUGUCUGUUUCAUACGGUUUUUCAACCAGUUGCAAAGUUGACACAUGGCGGGACACUUGCAAUUCACACCGUCUCUGGUGGCUCUUUGCUGUCUCCUUCUUCUGGUCCAACUGAGCGAAAGGACCAAAGGGACAGUGACUGCCCUCAACGAUGGUGACACGGUGCUCACGACAGGCUCUUCAGGAGAUGGACACACUCCUCCCUGUGCGCCACAGUCUGCCAGUAAGCUAUGGGUGAACACACUCGACUCUGUGUUCGUGCAGCAAAGACCAAACCGAAGGUUUCUUCGCCUUUCCGUAAGCUCAGCCCGUCUCCGCGACAUCACGAGCGCGUUACGUGUCUCCGAAUGUCGCAGACGCCAGGGAAGAAGAAGAAAAAAGCUCUUUCCAGUCGACUGGGACAGUGUUGAUAUCCGCUACACCCCGAGCCCCCAUGCAAUAUAUCUCGACCACAAAGAACAAAAGAAAUAAAAUAUGUAUAAAUAUGUACAGAUGCCUUGUCACACAUAACUCUCUCCUAUGUUUAUUUAUUUGAAUUUCCAUUGUUGAUGUGUGCUGAAUGUUGUGCGGCUGCUGCUGUUACCAUGUAAAAACAAUACUCGCAUAACAGAAGGUGGGACCAGCAUGGUAACCAUGGUGAAUGUGGCAAGACCGAGUGGACGUCAGUUUUAAGACAUGUUUUUCUGCUCCGGCCCAGUUUGCGCUCUUCCAGUGUGUGUUGCUGUCAUUCCUUUGUGUUGCUUCAUACCUCUCAUAUGUAGUGAACAAACGUAGACUGUAUGGAAAAUGUAAGAGCUCAUGUGUACAAGCCUUGUUCAAAAAGAGAGAU